AUGAAGCGGAAAGGGAGGCCCGGAGGGGGAGGGGGAAGGGCGGAAGAUGGGCUGGUAAGAGCGUCGGGAAAGAAAGGGGGCGAUGGAGCUCGUUGGAAGGGAACGAGCAGGGGUCAGGCGGGGUCAAUAGACCCCGCCGGCGACAGGGGGGGCGGCCGCCCCCCUUGCCCCCCUUGUCCCCCUUGUCGCUCCGCCCCUGAUAGCCGCGCAUCUUUUACGUUUGUGAAAAUCAUUGGAGUACGUCCAAGAACUGUUGCAAACAAGGAUCUUACAGUUGCUUUUGAAAACCCUGAUUUGCCUUUGUCAGAAGACGAGUUUAGGACUGCUGAUAUAUAUGUGGAGUUUUGGCUCCCGGCCGCCGUCCGUCUCUCCCACUCCCGGCCGCCAUCCGUCUCCCACACUCCCGGCCGCCGUCUGUCUCCCCGUUCCAGGGCCGCGUCGGGCUUUCCCCGCUCCCGGGCCUGCCUGUCUCCCCGCUCCCGGCCGCCUGCUCUCCCCGCCUCCCGGCCCCGUCUGUCUCCCCGCUCCCGGCCGCCUGCUCUCCCCGCUGCCGGCCCCCGUCUGUCUCCCCGCUCCCGGCCCCAGUCCGUCUCCCUCGUUCCCGGCCCCGUCCCCUGCCACCGCUUCCUCCCUCCCGGCCCCGUCCCGGCCGCCAUUUCCCGGCCACUCCCGGCCCCCAUCCCGGCCGCCAUUUCCCGGCCCCGUCCCGGCUGCGGCUUCCUCCCCGGCUCCUGA